CUCAAAAUAAUGCUUUAUUUUAUUUCAGGUUCUUGCUGUGGCAGCUCAGGAGCUGUCAAAGCCAAACCCGGGAAACGCAAAUCCAAGCGUCACCACAGACCAAACGCCGUACUCGGCAAACGACGCUGCUCCCUGGCAGCAGGUUGUUGAGAAGCGCAUUCGGGCAAAGACCAAGCGCAUCAGUCAGGGAGUCUCCCAGCCACCAGCAAAAGCCACGGUCAACCGUUACGCACCAGUUGCUGGAUAUUUCUUCUUUCCUUUACUCAGAAAUUAUGACAAGCCUCAGGUAACCUUUGACUUGUUGGGAAGUGACCACCUGGUGUUGGGCAGGCUGAUCCACACCUUGGGCAUCUUCAUGCAUUUGGCAGUCAAUGCGCCGGUAGCUACACAAAUGGGUCGUGCCCUCCUUGAUUUUGUGUGGGCGGUGCGUUACCACACUGACCAGAUGGUAAGACGAAGCGUCCUCUUUGCCGUCUGCUCCGUGUUCAUGAGUAUGCCCAGUCCAAACCUCCUAGUGGACCUUGCAGACCAGAUUUUUGAAACUAGAUCUUGGUUGACAGAUGUGGCUGGGGAUGAUGUGGAUGCCGAUUGCAGGAGUUUAGCCAUGCAGAGUCUGAUGCUCCUGGAUAAGAGCCUGAAGAAACAGCUUCAAAGUCCACAAGCCCUCAGCAUUGAAUCAUGACCAGCAACAACAACAACAAAAAAAUGCACCAGGUCAAAGUGAACACUCUGUCCUCACAAAGACUGCAGGUGACAAUUGCGACAGUCAAGGAAGCGGAUGACCCCAAACAGUGACCAAUGUCCCUCAAGGUGGGAUGACUUUUUUCACUUCCUGGAACACAAGGUCAAGCAAAAGAGAGCAGGUUUUAUCCCCCGACUCUGCAUUUAAAAGUACACACACAUUUUUACUUUUUGUUCAAACUUCAAACCACAGUCAAACGAGACCAAUUGUGGCUGAAAAGAAGAAAUACUAUGCCGGGUUUUUUCGGCUAAUAAUGUAUGAAGAGGAUAUCCUUUAUAUAGUACAGGUAGAUCAUUUCGUCUCUUUCCUGUACAAGCAGAUCUUUCUAUUGGGGUUGUUUGUUCACAAAGGACAUCCUGUGAAUAUUUAUGUGCAGUACUUAGUCGUACACAGACUGGAAAAAUAAAUUGCACUUCCUCCUGUGACAUAAAUGGGUAAUUUCACACGAGAAUGAGGUCUCUGAAAUACCUUUUCUCUGAUGAGAAACUGCAAAAGAUGACAAUUUGUAAUUGUAUGCUGUUGCAUCGCAUGUAGAUUUUUUCUGCCCAACUGAAAU